ACUGCACCCAAAGACGGCCCCUUCUCUUCAAGAGUUGUCAGCGGUGGCAUCCAACGAAACACAAUCUCGGCCAUGCCAUGCUGACUGGGGAUUUCAACCCCGCAGAAGCACACCGCGCGCUUCGCUUCGUUCCCUUUUCCUGAUCAUCAGCCCACGAUUCUCGCGAUGCCUCCACUCAAGUUCCAAAGUCAUAGUUGUCAACAUUGCCAUGUGUUUGGUGUCGAUCUCACCCGGACGAGUGGCGAGAGGGAUGAGCAGGCAGUAUACUAUGGCGGCUCGCGUUCCAAUCGCAAACCGGAUAUUUGCAGUCCUUUCAUGACCCUUGGCGAGAUCAGAGUGGCUGCUGAAGAUGGGUGCGAUUUCUGCGGCAUGCUUUUAGGCAUACAAUGUCUUUUCGAAUGGGGGGAAGAUGAGGCAAAAGGUGCGUUUUUCAAAUCACGUAAAAUUGUUUUCAGCUUGGAAUACGGAUACACUCAAGUGAUGCAAAUAGAACGCAAUCUAAAAUUUGCAGACGUUCAGAAUACGUGGGGAGAUCUGCACGACCUGCCUAUCUUCUCUAGCAAUAUUGCCUUCGCUACAUUCCCUUGCUUCGUCGAGAAGGAGUGGUCCAUGGUAGCAGGAUCCAUGCGUGACAGCGAAAUACGCCACCUGAAAACACUGGUUCGACUAGAUAAAAGCAUCAGCAACUUUUACAGGGCCUCUGGAAUGCACUUAAUGCUUCCAAUAGCAGAGAAUGAUGAUCGUAUUGCGCAAUGUGUAACAAACCGGCCAGUCGAGGAUCAUGCGGGAUCUGAAGACAACUUCACUCGCAUGAAACAUUGGCUUCAGACUUGCCUGCAGCAUCAUCCCAAGUGCAAGAUCGAUUCUGGAAAUGCCUACACGCCCACUAGACUCAUGAGAAUCUGCAAGACUGACAAUGGUGACUUGAAGCUCAAACUCGUUCGCACCAGGUCAGAGACCGAGGAGACGGCGUAUGUUGCAUUGAGCUAUUGCUGGGGCGGGGACCAAGCUUUGAAGUGUACUCAGGCCAAUUUGCAAGCUCUCGAAAGGGAUGUGCCUUUGAGAAGCCUUCCUAGAACUUUAAGGGACGCCGUCGAGGUGUGUCGACGGCUGCAUGUGGCGUACAUGUGGGUCGAUGCGUUGUGCAUCAUCCAGGACGAUGAGGUUUCAAAACUGGCGGAAGUCGGGAACAUGGCUCAAGUCUACAAAAACGCGUUGUUCACGAUAUGCGCGUCCUCGGCGAGCUCGACAACCGAAGGAUUCCUCAACUACCGGGGCUCGCCUUUUCGGGAUCCGAUAACGUUCCGUGUGCCAUUUCGAAACGAGAGUGGCGCCGAAACGUCGGUUGAUUUGGUCAUUGAGGAUCAUAAGUCUUUCGAACCAGAGCCACUUAGGGACCGAGGAUGGGCGCUUCAAGAACAGCUGCUAUCUCGGAGACGCCUGAUGUUCACGAGAUAUCAGCUGUAUUGGUCCUGCGCAAGCCUGCCACCUGGUAAGAAAUGGAUCGACGGAUUCAAAGCAUCGCCCCUGAUGGGUUUGGGGUUAACGGUGGUAACGGAUAUUGCCCGACCUUUUGUCGCCGACGACGGCCUGAGCCAGGAAGUGUGGAAGCAAGAGGCUCUGGAUUCGUGGCAAACGCUCGUCAGUGAUUAUGUCGCACGCAAGCUUUCUCUAGAAGAAGAUCGACCACUUGCAAUCUUGGGCAUUGCGGCAGAGUUCAUGCAGCUGUUUGGCGGAGAGACGUACUGGUGCGGCAUGUGGCAGUCCUCGUUCCCGGGCUGUCUCCUGUGGAGGAGAUAUUCCACCAGGCUUGACCACGAGCCCAUUAGCACGAAACGGCUUCCAUCGUGGUCUUGGACCUCGCAAAACACGCAUGAUCUAUUCUCGGCCAAUCUCGUCUUCGGUUCGGAUGUUGUACGCGAAGCACGUACUACUGACUUUGGGCCGACGAACAGCCUCCAGCAGUCUCCGAGGGGACUGCACCUCAACGGCCAGAUCUGGAUCGAAGGGCGACUGUUGAAAGACGCCGUACUCCAGUAUAGCCGGUACAGAACCGUUUUGAAAGACGAAGUACUAGGCGAAGCGGCCGGUGAAGUGUCUUCAAACAACAGUAUCUGGUUCGACAACAAAUCGGACGAGCUCGCCAUGAGGCCACCAAAAAACAGGGGCCCCGGAAAGUCUAAUUUGCAGCCCAUGACGCUCCUAGAAAUCCGAAACGUCUGGGAACACAACGGGAUCGUUAGAUUCAACAUCGACGGCCUUGUUCUGAGAACUCAGAAUAAUCCCGAGAGACCUGGUACGUACGAGAGGAUUGGAUGCUUCUCGCGUAGCAUAACAGUUUUCGAGUUGGACUCCGACGAUUCCGUGGUCAAGGCAUGGCUUGAGAAGGUGGUAGUACCCGAACACCAUCCAUUUGGUGGAGCGGAUGUUGCGAAGAUUCUGCUGGUGUGA